GGUUACUUUAGUAAAUAACCCCUAAAGUAUGCAAUCUUUUUACCACUGAAUACACACACACUUGUUGGCUGGCUAAAAGAAACAUAAAACCCGGAAAAUCAAUAGCGGCAGUCAAUCGGCAACAGUAGUCAUGGUUAAAAAAAUAAUAAGCCUACUAAUGGUUUUAACAGCUGGCCACUUGGUUUUGGCUUAUGCACCUACCAUUUCAAAGGAGAGUAUUUUUGCAGAUGUCCUUCUUACUGAACUUUUAAAUCGUAUGGAAAAAGACAAUGAUCCACUCAACAAUUAUUUCGACAUAGAUGCAGAUUUGCCAAAAAGUUUGGACCUGGUCUCGCGUUCGUCUGGUCAAAAUGUACCCGAGGAUUAUGAGUAUCGCAAUAUUUUUCCCGGAGGCCCCAAUCCAUCGAUACGUGAUCAGGAAUUCAUGCAGCACAGCUCACUAUGGGGUCACCAAUAUGUCUCUGGUGGCAUGGGGGAAGCACCUAAUCAUUUUCCAGGUUUAAUUAAAACCGACGCAAGUCUUCCUGCUUAUUGCAAUCCCCCAAAUCCUUGUCCUCAAGGCUAUGACCAAAGUGCUGGCUGCAUUUCCGAUUUUGAGAAUACCGCUUUGUUCAGCCGAGAAUAUCAAGCAGCCCAAGAUUGUACUUGCGAUAGUGAACAUAUGUUUGAUUGCGCUGGUCAGGAUUCCAGUGCAGGCAACAGUGAGAUGGCUUCCACAAUGGAGAAAUUUCUAAUGCAUCAAUUUCAAAGUGACAAUACCAUCGACAAUUCGAAUGCACCUGUAAAGAAACACUUUGGCUUUGGUUCUCCCGCUGCCGUAGGCCCUAACCCAUAUUUAGAAGGUGAUAAAUUGCCAAUUGCUGCCAAAAAAGGCAAUCACAACCAUUUCAAGGUCUAAGCAACCACUCAUGGUUUAUAAAUGGAAUAACGUAAAAUCAUCCUAAAGCAACUGAAAUGAGUCAUCGUCAGGUAUAAAUGGUAAAGAGGAUAGAUUUUUCUAAAUGUAUAUAUCAAUACAUAUGUAAAUCACAUGUCUGCAAUGUGUAACAUUUAUUAAGCAUGUAUGUUGUAUCAAUUUCUAUUAGCCUCCCCCCUCCCCUACCACAUGUUAGUCCUCAAGUGGAAUAUUUGGAAUUAUGCUAUUCGUUAUAGUUUGAAUGAGACGGAUUGUAGAACUACCAGCUAGAGUAUUGAAUUUUAACAUUUUAAAAUAUAGUAAACUACUUGAAAUGUUUUAUUAGAUUCGUUGAUCUUUUAUUUAUCAUCUUUAAACUGUUUGCAAAUGUGCUACACAAAUAUAAACAUAUAUAAAUAUAUAUAUAUCAAUAAAAUA